CAUCUGUGAUAUAUGACAUGAUCUUAUUUCUAGGACAUCUGAUUAGCAUGGGCUUUUGCAAAUGGAUUAUAUCUUCUCUAACUCUUUUACAUAGCAACAGUUUCAAAGAUGUGGAGUCUCUCUUGUUUAAAUUUACUUUUUUCCUCCUCCCUAGUUGAACCUGUUGUGAGCUUAACAAAAGGACCAAACCCUCUAAUAGAUGGUGCAAAUCGGACAAUAGCAGCCACUUGUACAGCAGCCACUGGAAAACCUGCUGCAGAGAUUGACUGGGAAGGAGGUCUUGGUGAAAUGGAAUCCAGCUCUACUUUGUUUCCAAAUGAAACUGUGACAGUUGUAAGUCAGUAUAUGAUUGUCCCUAGACGUAUAACUUGUAUUGUGAGGCACCCUGCCUUGGAAAAGGAGAUAAGAUACCCUCAUGUGUUGGACAUACAGUAUGCCCCAGAAGUUUCAGUAACUGGCUAUGAUGGAAACUGGUUCAUUGGAAGAGAGAACGUUCAGCUCAGAUGUAAUGCUGAUGCAAAUCCAUUACCUAUGGAAUUUAUGUGGACCAGGUUGGAUGGACAAUGGCCUGAAGGAUUGCUGUCUGUCAACAAUACUCUACAGUUCAGCAGCCCAUUGACUUACAACUACACUGGGACUUACAUCUGUAAGGUGACUAACUCCCUUGGUCAGAGAAGUGAUCAGAAGACUAUCUACAUAUUAGAUCCUCCUACUACUACCACUCGACUGCCCACGGUUCCCUGGCAUCCUUCGACUGAUGGCAUCACAGGUUUAGCAACAGAACCUAAAAUAAUAAAUUUCCCAACAUCAACCUUGCCAGCAAUGCAGGAAGACACUUGGGGUACUGUCAUCGGUAGUGCGGUGGGUGGGGCUCUCUUCCUCAUACUUGUCAGUGUUUUGGUCGGAAUUAUCUGCUAUAGGAGAAGACGGACGUUCCGUGGUGACUACUUUGCUAAGAACUACAUUCCACCGUCAGAUAUGCAAAAAGAGUCUCAAAUAGAUGUUCUUCAGUCAGAUGAUGUGGAUUCUUAUCCUGACAGUAUAAAAAAAGAAAUAAAGCAUCCAAUGAACAGCUUAAUAUCUAAAGAUUAUCUAGAAGACCCUGAAAAAACAGAGUGGAACAAUAUAGACAAUAUUAACAGGUACCAGGAACGUUAUGAAAGACCAAUGGAUUACUAUGAAGGUGGAACAUUGGGAAUGAAGUAUAUGGGUGGUGAAUGUUAUGAUGACAAUGAAGAAGACUUUGUUUCUCACAUAGAUGGCUCGGUAAUAUCUCGGAGGGAGUGGUAUGUGUAGUAACCACUGAAAGCUAAAUGUGUACCUAUAGUUAAUUUCAUUGGCUGAUCACUUUCAGAUUGUUUAUACUUACACAAGAGGAGGAAUAAACUUUUUGAAACUGAUUUUUUUUUUUGAAGGUUUUUAUAUUGUGACUUGACAAAAGGAAAUACUGAAUUUGGGGAAAAUGUAUUUGAGCUGCUUUUUUUUCCCCGAUGCUGUACUACUGUUUAAGAUUUGAGUUUUAAUGCAGAGUACUUAUAUUGGUCUAUGUCAGAGGUAAAAAAGGCUAAAUUAAAGUUGCCAUUCAAAAUUGUUUAAGAAUAAAAA